CGGACCUGUUAAGUAAGAAAUGCCGAGCACCCAGCCGCACCCUGCACCUGAAACCGAACGUGUGACCAAGCGUCAGCGUCUAGAAGACCGUAAUGUCGUCGCCAUUAAGCCGCUGGUGCCUCCUGCCUGCGUCCUGGAGGAACUGCCCGUGACUCCUGAGGUGCACGAACUGGUGGACGCUACGCGCGACGCCGUGUCCCGCAUCCUGCACGGUCAAGAUGACCGCCUCGUCGUGGUCGUCGGCCCUUGCUCCAUUCACGACGUGGACGCUGCCAUGGACUACGCCAAGCGUCUGAAAACUCUUGCGGGCGAGCUGAACGGAGAACUUCUGGUGAUCAUGCGCACCUACUUCGAGAAGCCCCGUACGACUGUGGGCUGGAAGGGUCUGAUCAAUGACCCGGACCUCGACCAGUCUUUUAAGAUCAACAAGGGUAUUCGCAUUGCCCGUAAGCUGUUGCUGGACGUGAAUUCGCUGGGUCUUCCCGUGAGUCUGGAGUUCCUCGACACCAUCUCGCCCCAGUUCACCUCAGACCUCAUUUCGUGGGGAGCCAUCGGCGCGCGUACUACCGAGUCCCAGCUGCACCGCGAACUUACCAGUGGCCUGUCGAUGCCUGUGGGAUUCAAGAAUGGCACGGGCGGCAACGCCAAGGUGGCAGUGGACGCUGCCGUUGCUUCGUCGCAGCCUCACAACUUCCUCGGUCUGAACGAACACGGAUUGGCAUCGAUUGUGCGCACCAAGGGCAACAAGGACUGCCACGUCAUCCUGCGUGGCGGCUCCGAUGGCCCCAACUACGAGCAAAAGUACAUUGAUGAGGCUGCUGCCAUGCUAAAGAAGGCUAAGCAGCCGUCCAAAAUCAUGGUGGACUGCUCGCACGGCAACUCGCGCAAGCUGCACGCUAACCAGCGAAAGGUAGUUAGCUACCUGGCUGGUAUUGUUUCCGAGGGAAACACGAAUGUGCUUGGUGUUAUGAUCGAGUCCAAUAUCGUGGAGGGCAACCAGUCGCUUGGCGACGACCCGUCCAAGCUCGUCUACGGCCAGAGCAUCACGGAUGCGUGCAUCAACUGGGAUGACACAGUCACGACGCUGAAGGAACUUGCAGGUGCCGUCGCAAAGCGGCGCAAACUUGAUGCCGCGAACCCGGCCACCAAGUAGUUGUCAGAAACCUAAAGCACACCAAUAGCACAUGUAUCACGAUAGACACA